AUGGGAUCACCUACUGAGUUAAAUAAAGAUAAAACUGAUGUAAGUGAUGCAAGGAAGAAAAGAAGGUUGAUAUUAAAAAAUAAGAAAUCAUCAUGUGGUCAUCCCACCAGUGCCCCAUCCCCAAGUACAGUCUCCCCAGUUUCUAUUCCAAAUGUAGAAGAUAGAGCUCAUUCAAUUGAUGCUCGCAAGAAAAGAAGGCUUAUAUUAGAGAAUAGAAAUUUUUCUGUCAUACCACCUGAAACACAAUAUUCCCAAGUGCCACUGUCUAACUCUGAGGAUGAAUGCAGCUCAUCCAAUACUUCAGACUCUGAAGAUGACAUGGAACAAGCACCGUUAGCAGAUUCAAAUUUACAAGAAUAUUUUGAUAUAGGGGAUCAAAUAUGGGAAUGUACAUAUUGUCAUGCACACAUGUGGCUUCAAGAACGUGCCAGUAAAACCAAAAAGGGACAUGUUCCAACAUUCCAUCGCUGUUGUCGCGGUGGUAAAUUUGUUGUACCUUUACUUGAAGAGGCACCCCCACUGUUGAGACAUCUGCUGUUUAACAAAACAUCUACCGAGAGCAAAAAUUAUCGAAAUAAUAUUCGAACAUACAACUCAAUGUUUUCGUUUACUUCUCCUGGAAUGAAAUUUGACACCACAUAUUCAAAGAAAGGAGGACCACCAACUUUGAGACUGCACGAUCAAACCUGUCAUCGAAUAGGUACUCUACUACCAGAAAAUGGAGACCGUCCCCAAUAUGCUCAACUAUAUAUUUAUGACACAGAUAAUGAAGUUACUAAUAGAAUGAAGUGUUUCAGAGACAAUACUGAAAUUGACGAGAACAUUGUUCAUAAUUUGAAGAUCAUGUUAGAUGAGUUCAAUAUUCAUGCAAAAGUUUUUAGAAUGGCGAGGGUUGUCCUGGACGAUAAUGCACUCUUAGACUUAAAACUGAGGGUUAUAUGUGAUAGACCUGAGGAUGGACGCGUGUAUAACAGACCAACGGUUUCAGAAGUUGCUGCACUAAUUGUGGGAGACAUUGAUUCUGCUUGUAAUAGGGACAUUAUUAUUCAAGCACGCAACGGUGGUUUGCAACGUAUUGAUGAGUUUCAUCCAGCAUAUUUGGCAUAUCAAUACCCUCUCAUAUUUGCGUAUGGUGAAGAUGGUUAUAGGAAAAAUAUAUUGCAUAGAUAUCGCCAUGAAACUGAGUUCUUGGUCGAUGGUUAUUGUAUGAUGGAAUCUGAAAGGCUGAACUGGUUGCGAAAUAAUCAAUCCAAAUUAAGAGUGGGAAAAUAUAACAGGUUGACAGAUGAAUGCAAUAACGAUGAUGGCGGACAACAACAAAAGCGGGGAAAAUUGGGUUUUCCGGACCUAUUCAUUACAUUUACUUGCAAUCCAACAUGGCCAGAAAUUAUCCGUGCCUUGUCCGAAACUGGGUUACAACCACACCAUCGACCCGAUAUUAUUACUAAAGUCUUCAAAAUCAAAUUUGACGAACUCAUUGCAGAUAUAACAAAAAAGCAUGUUCUAGGGAAAGUUUUGGCCUUUAUGUACACUAUUGAAUUUCAGAAGAGGGGAUUGCCACACACACAUAUUUUGAUUUUUUUACAUCCUCAGAGCAAAUACCCCACACCAUCUGACAUUGACAACAUCAUCUGUGCUGAAAUACCAGACCCUGUUGUUCAUCCGAGGUUGUAUGCGUUGGUUAAAUCUAACAUGAUGCACGACCCAUGUGGAGUGGCGCGCAUGACAUCAGCCUAUAUGAAAAAUGGUAAAUGCUCUAAAUACUUUCCAAAGAAGUUUAACGAGGAAACUAUUGUUGAUGCAGAAGGUUAUCCCCUCUAUAGGAGAAGAUAA